CAUUUCUUAAUCCUGCUCUCCUCCUAUUAACAUCCAUGUUCUUUCCAACUUCCAAGCCUCUUGACCUACAGAUUUCUAAAUGACUCUAACAGAGUAAUGUGUGAUCAUUCACUCAUAAACAACUAUUCAACUGUGUUUUGUAAGAGGCAUUACUGUAUGGUUGAGAAUAUGUUAAAAAGACAAAAAUCAUGGCCCUCCUUGAGUUUACACUGUAGUAAACCGAACACAUUGACAAAAAAAAUCAUCUUUUCCUUUAGUUACAGAGGAAAGAAGCUGAGAUUUUGAUAUAUGAGCAGUGUGGAGUGAAGGACAGUAUUACAUAGAGUGGACUGGGACCAUGUCAUGAAAAAUAUUUUGAUUUACUUGUCAGCUGCCAGACAUUCCUCCCUUGAUCCAAGAGGCAGUCACAGGACAGGUACACCGCAUACCUGUUUUUGUAAACCGAAGGCCAACACACCUCCAAGAGUCGCAUUUGCGUCAGAUAUGAUAACAAGGAAAUUGACAGCAGUCAUUACUAGGAAGCUGGUAUGGACUUCCUAUGAACCGACCUAGCGACCACACCCCGCCCAUUUCCGGGUUGUCGCAGCUGCUGCCGUCGCGUGCGUAAUGACGUUGCAGUCUCCCGCAGACCCCGGAAGUGCAACUCGAACUUGGCCGGGGUGCGGAUCCCGAGAGGGAAAGUCCUGACGACCUACCGCACGAGGGAGUUCCUCCAGCGAGCUGGAAGGCCACGCCUCCUCCCGCCUCCCCCCGCAGCCCUGUAGCUGGGGGCAGAGCUCAGUUUGACUUACCAGAAUGGUAAUAAAUGCAGCUCAGAAUACCAACGUGGAAAUCCACCUACUCCUAUCAUCUGUGAUACUUUCUCCAGACUGUCUUCUGAAGAUUGAUGUCUAUUUCCUUGAGUUCUUUAAUUUUGUUGCCAAUUUGGAUAAACAUGGCACAAAUCCAGCAGGGAGGUCCAGAUGAAAAAGAAAAGACCACAGCACUGAAAGAUUUAUUAUCUAGGAUAGAUUUGGAUGAACUAAUGAAAAAGGAUGAACCACCUCUUGAUUUUCCUGAUACCCUGGAAGGUUUUGAAUAUGCUUUUAAUGAAAAGGGGCAGCUAAGACAUAUAAAAACUGGGGAACCAUUUGUUUUUAACUAUCGGGAAGACUUGCACAGAUGGAACCAGAAGAGAUACGAAGCUCUGGGAGAGAUCAUCACCAAGUAUGUAUAUGAGCUCCUGGAAAAGGACUGUAAUUUGAAAAAAGUCACUAUUCCAGUUGAUGCCACUGAAAGUGAACCAAAGAGUUUUAUCUUCAUGAGUGAGGAUGCGUUGACAAACCCACAGAAGCUGAUGGUCCUCAUUCACGGUAGUGGUGUUGUCAGGGCUGGUCAGUGGGCUCGAAGGCUUAUUAUAAAUGAAGAUCUGGACAGUGGCACCCAGAUACCUUUUAUUAAGAGAGCUGUGAAUGAAGGAUAUGGAGUAAUAGUGCUGAAUCCCAAUGAAAACUAUAUUGAAGUAGAAAAGCCCAAGACACAUGUGCAGUCAACUUCUGAUAGUACAGAUGAACCAGCGGAAAAAAGGGAAAGAAAAGAUAAAGUCUCUAAAGAAACAAAGAAGCGGCGUGAUUUCUAUGAGAAGUAUCGUAACCCUCAAAGAGAGAAAGAAAUGGUGCAGUUGUAUAUCAGAGAAAACGGGUCUCCUGAAGAACAUGCAGUCUAUGUUUGGGACCAUUUCAUAGCCCAGUCUGUGGCUGAGAAUGUAUUUUUUGUUGCUCACAGCUAUGGAGGGCUUGCUUUUGUUGAACUGAACUGUUGUAAUUGGGUCUCUAGCUCAGAACCAUUAGACACAUCAGUGGAAUCCAUGCUGCCUGACUGUCCCAGAGUCUCAGCAGUAAGAAACGUGUCGUAUCCAGGCGAACAUGUUUCACCAAGACUGGUGUGCUGCCCCUCAUCCUUCUGUUCGUUCUCUCGUGUCAGAAAGAGGGAUCAAACGCUAGUCCUUGCACCUAUGAGGCGGGCAGUGGCGCCAGUGAGCUAAAUCCCCGGCCUUCUAUGUGUUAUGUUUUAAUAAUACUUAUUAAGCAUCAGUUGUACGGUGAAUUCUGUUCAGGACUGUCACACAGCAUACAACUGUCAUUCUGUCACAAUCCUAAAUAAACCUUUUUAAAAAUUUUUCUUAGUUUAUUGAUGAGCAGAGAGACAGGGGUGGAGGCACAAAGGAAGAACUGUAUUUCUUAACUGUAAAGGCCAGCAUGCUGUUCAGAAAUUGGAUAAGGUAGAUUUAUUAAUCUGUGCUGAAGGUGAGUAAAGUCUGACCCCAGCCUUCAAAAGAUUUGCAUAAAAACAUCAGCUCCGGGAGAAUUUUGUAAUCACUAGGAUAACAGAUGUCCAGUUCUUGAGAUUUGGCUUUAGAAGGUAGGGACUGGGGCAUUGCCUUCUAAUAUUAAGACAGAAGAUGAUACAGAGAGACAAUACAAUAUGUUGAGUAAAUCAGGAUUGUUUUAAAGUCAGGGGUCUUAAAAAUUUGAAAAUGUUUAAGAAAUGUCAGUUUAGCUGGACCUGGGAGGAAAGGGGAAACUUCCAGAUGAGUAGAGGCAAUCGUUACCACAGAAAGCAGGCUGGAGCUAGAGGAUAAAGGCUGUAAACCAAAUCAAGGUAUUCUACAUAAUAUGAUCUAUAAUGGAGAACCAUUGGAUAAUACUGAGCAGAAGAAGAGGUCUAAGACACAAAGAUACUUUAGAAUCCUUCAUUUGUUAGCAAGGGUACAAAAUAGAAGGGAGAAGAGCAAACAGUGAAAGGAGUUAUGAGUCUGGAUUCAAAACGAUACAUUAUUAAAUCUAAGUAGCAGAGGGAAUGGGAAAUAAGAAAGACUAGAAAAACUUUACUGAGGUAUAGUUGUCAGGAUUUGUUAACUCAUGGGAUGGUAAAGCAGCUAACGGGGGAGAGCACACGAAGAGGACUCAGUCUCUGAAGUAGACUAGCAGAAAAAAUGUGUCCAUUCAUAGAAAUGAAGAACUCUGAGAUGGGCGUGGUGGCGCGUGCCUGUAAUCUCAGCACUUGGGGAGCUGAGGGAGAACAGUGCAAGGCCAGCUUGGGCCACAACGUGAGCUCCAGCUCGAGACCAGUCGAGCUACACGACAACACUUUGUCUCAAAAACCAAAACAACAACAAAAUAAAACGGUGGGGUAAAGAACUGAAUAGAAAAGCUUAGAGAAUAAGCACCGUGCUCCAUACUCCUGUUUGCAGACAUGUUAUGCUAUGACGGUGUAUUCUUCAUUCCGACUCCUUACUACCUCCAAAGCAAUCUUCUAAGGGAUGAAAAACCAGAAUCGUCUACAUGUAUGACAGGAGCAGAAUUGUUAGUAAAUGGUGUCCUGUUAACUCUUACUUUUUUAUUCACUACUUUGAAAUAUUUUACUAGGCU